AUGUCCUCGACAACGCCCACAUCGACGUUCCACCAGCCGGACCUCCAGACUGCGACGCCCGAUCCGAGUAGCACGGUCACUAUUAGCACUGGCAAUGGUGGGCCGGGGACUAGUAGUUCCCUCUACCUCUACACUUUCCUCGUAACGCUCGCCCUCCUCCUCUCCAUCUCCGCCGCCAUCAUCGCGCGCUCCUACGUCCUGCGCCGCCGCCUCCGCGCGCUCGUCGCCGCCGGCGUGCUCCCGCCCGAGGCGCUCGUCAAUACGCCGCGGAGGCAUGGCGGCACGGGCGGGCGGGGUUUGGGGGCGGAGGUGGGGAGGAGGCCGGGGAUGUUUGAGGUUUGGUUGGCUGACGAGGGGGCGAAGGGAGUGCAGGAAGACGGUGGGUGGGAGGAGAAGGCCGCGCCGCUCUCGCUCGCAUCCCUCGCAGCCCUCCGCGCCGCCCAACCGCACCCAUCUCCAUCCCCAGCUGUACUAGAGCAAAGACAACCGUCCCGACCCCCGCGCAGACCGAACUUCGCAGUCCCGUUCUUCAGCCGACGAGAUCCCUACGCGCCCGCGCCUCCCGCACCCGCACCGUCACCGCGUCUCGCGUCAUCUUCCCCUCGAGCACCGCACGCAGAGCCCACCUCUACCUCGAGCCGAUGGCGCCCCUUCGCGCGCACUGGCAAGCCCGCACCCGUUACAGCAGAUACUGGCACGGAAAUGCGAGAUACAAAUCUGAGUGAUAGCGAUAAAGAGGAUAUGCAGCUCGCGCUCCUAAUCGCCAUGCCCGUCGAGCAGGGCCAAGGGCGCGGAGCGGGCGAGGUGCCCGUGCUUGAGAUUGGUGUAAGGGUUGUCGGGGCGCGGGUGCCGGCUCGGGGUGCGGAUUAUGUGGGUGGGCCGGGGAAGGGGGGCGUAUAG